GACAGAAACUAGAAAGAAAAAAGAGAGAAAGAGAGAGAGAGAGAGAGAGAAAGGAAGGAAGAAAGAAAGAGAUCUUCCGGUGCGGAUUCCGGCAAUUUCCGGCAGCAAAAAUGGGCGUGGUACCGAGCUACUGCUCGACGAAGGAACUCGUAUACGUGAUCGUCGGAAUAGUACUGAAAUAAGCGGAGUCACGGAUAUCAAAAGAAUAUAGCGCGAAAUUGAGACAAUUCGGAGUUUUCAACAAAUAGACGAUUAAUCCCCACACUUCGACACUAGCAAGAGAUUGGAAGGAUGAUAAUUUCUGCAAAAUUUGUACAAGGUGAUCAAAGGGGCCCGGCUACAUGACUUGAUUUAAUUAACUUCUUAGUUAAUUAAAGGACACAAGGUUAAUUAAGCAAAGUGCAUGGCUGGACGCUUCAUUUGGAUUGUUUGGUUAAUUAACCAAGCCAAUAAAAUUUUGACACGUGGCAUGCUGAUCUUUCUCACAAAACAAAUUAACAGACUCAUUUUCUCUUCUUCUCUCACGCGCACACCAUUUUCUCUUCUUCCUUACUCUCUCAUGUUACCACGUGCCUAACCCUAUCCUUUAUUCUCUCCUAUCUUGCAAUCACCAAGACCACCCAGGCACCCAUAUAUAAAAAAAAAAACGUUCUAUUCUUCUAAAGAGGGGAGAACCAACAGAGAACAGAGCCGCACCACCUCAAAACAGAGGCAGCCCCUUUGGGCUGCUCUCUCUCUCUCUCUCUCUCCUCAUUCUCCUCCAUUUUUCCUCUUUUCUUUAGUUUUAUUUUAGGAAUUUUAAGGAUUUACUCACACAAAGCUUCAAGGAUCUAUCAAAGGGCUCAACCUCUACAAGACUCAAGAUUUGGGUAAUUGUGGGAGUUAUAAUUCAAGAGUAGUCAUGUUGGCUUUCUAGCUAAUUGUGGCUAUCAUUGUUUUCUCCUACACUUCUCUUUUCUUUUCUCUUUGAAUUUUGUAGUUUUGAUGUCUAUAAUUAUGGGUUGUGAGUAAUUUUCUUGUUGGGUUUUAGGGUUGUGUCCCUAACCCAAAUUUUGUGUAAAAGAUGUUUAAUUUAAUGUAAUGAUGCAAUUUUCAUAUGAUGGAUGCUUAUAUCUAUUUUUGUUGGGUUAAAAUGCAUGUCUAGGAGCCUAGUCAACUCUAGGGUGUGUAUUUUGAGCAUGUCUAGGAUGGAGUUAGGGGCUUGACUCCCUCUAAUUCCUAAGCUAGAAACCUUCAAUUUCGUAUUCGAGGGGUUAUAAGCAUGGUGAUUUACACCCGUUGCGUGAUUGCGCGGGCGGGUCGCUUAGUAGUUUAAUUCCUCGAUCUCUAUGCCUCUUGAUGUGAAUUAGUGACCCUUGAACCGGCUCUAAUUCAUGUCAAGUGAGUCCCUACGGCCCUUGAACCGGAGUAGGAAUACCAUGAAAGGGAAUUUCGGUCCUUGAGCCUUGAACCGCCUUGGAUACGACUACCGCCAAAAUAGGAAAUAUGCAUCUAUAUUAGAUUAGCUUCCGACACAUGAGAUUUGGGUGAAGGAAUCUCCCUAACACCCAACAUUCUCAUUUUUAUUGUUUACAUUUCAUUUUUAUUUUUUAUUGCUUUACAUAUCAUUAUUAUUUGUUAAGUUAGAAUCAACCCCCAAACAUUAAACUCUUCCACUCAUUUGUGCAUAUCCACCACUAGGCUCUUAGUUUUGAUUAGGCUUUGGUGAAAAUCAAAGCCGAGCAUUGCUAAGGCUUGGGUGCCUUAGAUUAGCCUUUUUAUUUAUUUUCUUUUUCUUUUUCUUUUGUUUGCUAAGUGUCUUUAUUUCCGAUUACCCAAGAAUUGUGGGUUAGCCACUAAUCCCCGUGGUACGAUAACUUUGGGCAAAAUAUUUCCCUAUCUUGACAAUGAUACGUACGCUUGCGUAAAUGUGUAUUCAAGUCAAUGGCGCCGUUGCCGGGGAUUAGGGUUUAAUAGCCUUAAUCCCUUGGUAAAUCGGUUCUUUAGGUCACAUUAGCAUAUUUUUGUUUCUUUAUUAAAAAAAAAAAAAAAAAUCGGUUGUUUAUUUUGUUUGCUUAUUCUCCAAUUUUAUAUUUUUUUUUUUUGGUUACUAAUCUUUCUUUUGGGAACUCAUAGGUACUUAUUUUGUAUAAAUUUGAGCUAUGGAUCGAUGGAGUUAUUCAUGGGAAAACCCAAUGGGAUAUGAGCAACCUCCUCAAGAUCAACCUUAUGCACCUUCAAAGUCAUCCAUCGAAGAAUUGUUUGCUCAAUUCAAAGCUAUAAGUGAGAGUGUAGAUCCAAUCAUGGAGCAAUUCAAGGCUAGCCUACUUCAAGAGCAACCUCCCACCACUUUAUAUUUGCAAGAGCCUUUCUUUGAUCAAGUGGAGCCUAUUUCAAGAGAAGAAGUACAUAUCAAGCAUCUUGAGCAAGAGUCGUUUAUGCAAAUUGAUGAUUAUAGUGAUGUUGAUGUACAAGAAAGUGAGCUUGGUUAUGAAAGUUUCAAUGCAAGUGAGGUGAGAGACUACACUUCGGAGGAAUGGGUGCAAUAUUGGAAAUCUAAGCUUCCUAAUGGAGGGGAGAUAUUUGAAGAUGAUUCCGAUGAAGAGGAUGUCUUUUCUAGUGAGGAGGAUGCGGAGUUUGAAGUGAUGCACCACAAUCCCUUAUUCAUUGAGGCCGUACUUGAACAUGAUUCCAAAGAGGAGGAUGACUUAUCUAGUGAGGAGGAUGCAGAGUUUGAAGUCAUACACCAUAAUCCAUUGUUCAUCGUGGAGGAUGCGGAGUUUGAAGUCAUACACCAUAAUCCCUUAUUCAUUGAGGUCGAUAUUCCCAUGGAGGAAGAAAGUCCUUCAAUACUUUGUGAUGAUGAAGAAAUUGAAGAGCCAAGGACUUUCUUGCCUCCCACAUCCAUGGAGAUCCAUCAUGAGCUUCCCAAGGUGGAUUGUAGAAUAUUGAGCACUUAUGUUAUUCAUGAGAAUGUUGAGAAUAAGGUACUUUUACCACUCAAUCCACCAUUAAGUGGCCAAUGUUUCUACAAUGAGGUGAUGGAUUGGAAAGGAAAUGAACCUCUUGCACUCAACCUUUCCCAUCACUUGCAAGAGCUUCUACCACCUAUUGUUCCUAUGUGCAUCAUUUCUACAUCACUUGAGAAGGAGAAGGCAAGGAUAGCUCCUAGAAGAAAUAUUGAGAAGAAGGGGAAGAUUAAGAAGCUACACUUUUGCUCACCAAUUAGAAUAUUCAUAGUUAGCUCCUGGUCUUGCCUCUAUGACACAUCAAAGAGUCCCUUAGCCCCAAACAAUAGGGUGGUCGCACUUGAGAAGUAUCCACCUUGACAAAGAUUACAUUUUAUGGACCGGCAAUGAAGUCCUUAAACAAAGCGCUCGCUAGGGAGGCAACCCUAGCACAUCAUCGGUAGUAUUUCUUCCUUUAUAGUUUAUUUUUGUGGUGAAUAAAGCUUUUUGGUCAUUUUUGGGAGGAUGGGAGGUGUUCGGAAUUGGAAGUGUGAAGAAAGAGUGAAUGUGAUAGAGAGCAGUUUCUGUCCAGAAAUUGCAGUUCAUUUUGGGUGACUAAAUUUUCAGAUUUACAUGUUAUUUUGAGCUGAAUUUCUCUGGAGAUAUUCCUCUAUAUGUCUACUCUCUAGUGCCAAAAUUUCAGCCUUGUUGAGUCACUGGAACUCAAGCUACUUAAUGGUCAAUGCAAGGAGGUCAGAACAGAGACAGCUACUGUAGAGUGACUUUGGGAAGCUACACCUUCUAUAUCCCAAGCAAUUUGGAGCUAAAAUUUUUCAGAGAUGUGUCUUCACAUGUCCUCUAUAUACAGGAGAAACAGUUUUUGAUUUGAACCUUCCUAGCUUCAGAUAUGGUCUUCUGAGUGACAGAGGUCAGAAACAGGGCAUAGCAGAAACUGCAGAACAUAACAGUGAGUUUGGAGGCCAACGAUUUUUGACUCAGAAUUGAUUUUUCAGUGAAAUUUUAAUAGAAGGUAUCUCGAUGAGUCUACUUUCAUUUUCAGUUGGUCUCACUCUCUUUGCACCUCUGGAGCCCGACUUAUUGCAGUUUUGGUGACUGAGGGUCAGCAGAAGUCUUCAUGACAGAUUGGCAACUUUGACCAGCUAUAGUUUUCAUCUCCAUUGGAGAUAGGUGGAUUACCUUAUAUGGAUAGAAAGCUCUCUGAGUCUACUUUCUAUUACAUGAGGUCUCACUUAUUUAUCUAUUUCUGAGUUUGAGAUAUGGGCAUUUGAAGACAAAAAGGUCAUUGCUGGAAGUCUUCUGCACUCACUAGUUUUGUUCACUCGGGUUGGUUGGACUUCUUUGCACUUCAUUCCAUCUGUGGAGGGUUAUAUGGGCAGUCGUGAGGUGUGUUGGAUGUGGUCAAGGCCAUGUGCUUAAUGGAGGACUCUUUUCCUUAUUCUUUGAAGUGGUUGUUGUGUGACGCAUUGCUCUAGGACAUUCUAUGUUCAAAAUGGAGUCGUUCUUUUUAUGAGCACCUUGCGCUAGCUUGGAGCAUACGUUAAGGAAGUCAAGGCCUUGUGCCUUGAGGUUGGUGUCUCAUAUUUGUCUUCUCCGAAGGUCGUGCGCAAUGGUGGUCUACAAAGGGGGUUUCCGUAACUUUUCUCCGCAUUUAGAUUUUUAUUUUCUUAGUUAAAUUUUUGUGCUUUCACCCGGACUUCACUCUCAUGCCUAAAUCCAACAUGGAUUUAGCUUUCGAGCUCACUUUACAACAUUGAGGACAAUGUUGGUUUUAAGUGUGGGGGUGAGGGCUCGGAUGCCCUAUUUUCGUCAUUUAAAAAAAAAAAAAAAUUAGAUUAGCUUUUUGUAAUUAGAAUUUAGUGGUUAAUGCCUUUUCCAACCCCAAUGACGAGCCAUGGACUUAACUUGUUAUGAUUGUGAAUAGAUUGAGCAUGAUCUAGGGCUUUGAAUUUGUCUUGUAAUUGAGUGUAUAUGUGAUCUAUGCUUGACUAUAUGUGUGCACAUAGCCUAAGGUUAGGUUGGUUCAUCAUAAUUAGAGAAGCAUAUAGGUGAUUUGAUUAACUUGCAUGCCUUAUUUGUGAGCUUUUGAGCCUAAUAUAGUGUAUGCAUUGUUCAUUCACUUUUUAUUUCAUGUGUGUGCAAUUUCAUGACAUUGCGUAUCUAGAACUUGCUUGAGACCUCUCGAGGCUACUUUUAGCUUGCGACAUGAUAGAAAGGAUUGAGGCAUUAGGACUAUAUACCACCAUGGCCAAAGAAGCAUGUGCCCAAAAAUAUUUACCACUAGAUUGCCAGUUUGAGCCUAUUUAUUUUAUUUAGCCUUUUUAUUCAUUUGCACCACAAAUUCCUACCUAGCCUAUACACUUAUAUCCUACCCUUCCAUGGUAGUUGGUGAAGCGAUUCGAGAGAAUGACUUUAUGUUUGAGUGCUUCAAAAGAAAAAAAAAGUCAAAAGUGUGAGGUUACAAAAAAGAAUAAGUGUGGGGGUGAGUGAUUUGUAUAGAAAAG